AUGAAGAUCUUCUUCGCGGUAUCCCCUGCGGGCGAACCUGGGAACACGACCGACGCCGUCGCCAACCAGUCGUCCGAAAGUGAGGCUCCGGAAUCGGACUCCAACAGCACGACGACUUCAGCCACCGACGGAGAUUCCUCUUCGGUCGGACCGUUGACGGCCCCUCGUUCCGAUUCCUUGGUCGCGACCGCUUCCCCUGAUGGCGGCAUUGUCAUCCCCGCCCGCGUCGCGGCCGUCGCGCCCUCCGCAGGCACUGCCGGGAACCCUGGUCUUGCGAUCGCCGUUGUCGCCUUCACUCCCGUUCCCGACACACCUGAGACUUCGAGCUUCCCAACCGAAGUGAGUACCCCGAAUGAGUCCGUCAACGAGAACCCCGUGCCCACUCACAACAUCUCUGUAAAUUCGGAUAGUCUUCCUCCGGCCAGUGUGACGCACAUCACCGACCAAGGCAUAUUCAUCAAGACAAUGCCCGGCCGUUCUGGGGACAAGAUUCGAAACCACGUUUCGGCGUCUGCCUCAGCAGGCCAAUCCGUCGCGGCCUCAUCUUCGGUCAACGCGAAUAAGGCCGAAGUUCAAGCUGGUGUCUCCGCCGUCCCGCUCGAGGACCCAUCAACUGAAGGUCCAUCGGCCGAAGGAUCUUCUGUCGCGAGUUCGGAUGUCGGGAACCCAGGCGCAGAUACUGCACCCGCAGGAGGUCCACUCGUCGUGGUGUCGAGCGGUGGGAGCGCUCCCACCGUAGUAUCGAGCGUCGGAAGUCCUCCCGCCGGGAGCUCGAGCGUCAUUAUCCCGGCGGUCGGGGUUCAAGGCACAGACGGUUUACCGGCCAUGACGUCAAGCGUCGAGGCUUCGGCGUCUGGUGGUCCUACCGCCGUCGUCGCGAGUGUCGGAAACCCCGCGGUAGGGGUUUCCGCAUCCGCUGGUGCUUCCGGCUCGAGCGCAAGGGUCGAGCUCGGACCCGGGCCCGAUCAGUUGAGCGGAAGCACGAAUCGUACAACCAGACCACCGGGUACCGUCAAUCAAGACCCAGUGACUCCAGCCACUGGCUUCAGAUGGUUCAGUAACUUAUUCCGAAGAAGCGACAAGCUAUUCCAGAGGGAUUUUGCAGCUGACGCUAAUAGUACAGCUGACCCGGGUGAUCCCGCCGACAAACCUGUCAGCCCGCCGCCCGGAGCAGGAACCGUUCAGAGGCAAGCCACGGACCAACUGGCUGGCACAACAGCCAAGGAUGAGCUUGCUGGCGCCCCGUCCACGGAUCAGCCUCUCGUUGGUCAGAAGCGACAGGAAAGCGCUCCAGAACGAGCGAUGGCCACUCCAGGAGGCGAGGCUUCUCAGGACGUCGUCGGAGCCCUCGAUGAUCCGAAUUCUAAGGGGGCGCCGACGGCCGAUCCGACCCUCGGAGAUAUAGUGGCAAUAAACGCCCCAGGGGCGGCAGGAGCUCUCAGCGAUCACUGCGAAAAAAUAUUGGACCCGGAAUUUGACGAGAAAGUCAACGGCUAUCGGCAAAUCGUGGAACAGAUCAUCCUUCACUGUACCGAGACUUCCAAGGGUGAAACUUAUCGACAGUUGGCUGACUUCGUCGACUCACACGGUCCGCGCUUCACCGGAACCAUCCAGCUCGAACACGCGAUCGACGAUCGCCUGAACCAUCUUUCGGACAUAGCAGGCCCUGAAAAUGUGGCCGAGGAACCCGUCACGGUUCCUGUUUGGAUACGCGGGGACACCAGAGUUGUACUAAUUGAUGCCUGGAAGGGCAACAGGAACAAAACCUUAGCUUCGUUGACCUUGGGCUACUCUGUCGGAACUGGUCAUCUCGGUUUAGUCGCCGAUGUCGUCGUUGUAAAAUCCUUCGAAGAAUUGGAGGCGUUCCCAAACGUGAGCAUCACGGGGAAGAUCGUUGUAUUUAAUCAAGACUACGAGGGCUACGCAAAAAGCGUGAUUUACCGCACGGAGGGCGCAUCGAGAGCCGCCGAGAGGGGAGCGGUAGCUGUCCUCAUUCGUUCCGUGACAGAUUAUUCUCUGUACACGCCGCAUACGGGAAUGAUGACGUAUGGAGUCAACAUAACCAAGAUACCGGCGCUCAGCAUAACUGUCGAAGACGCGGAGCUCAUGUGGAGGAAGCAACAACGAGGCGAAGCGAUGCAGGUCUACAUCAAAUCCAUGGCUGCACAGGCGGGCGUUACCAGCUCAAGGAACCUCAUAGCCGAUCUCCCGGGAAAAGACCAUCCGGAGGAGAUGGUGGUGAUCAGUGGACACAUCGAUUCUUGGGACGUAGGUCAGGGCGCGAUGGAUGACGGAGGCGGCGCUGCGAUUUCUUGGAGAGCUCUUGAAGUCCUGAAGAAUUUGAACCUCAUGCCAAGACGCACCGUGAGGACAAUACUCUUCACAGCCGAGGAAAUGGGGGUGCUGGGCGGUGCGGCAUACUUCGAGGCGCACCGGGAGAACGCGAGUCUCAUCCAGUUCAUGAUGGAGUCCGAUAUCGGAACAUUCUCACCACUGGGGCUAUCGAGUGGAGUCAAGAACGAAAUGGCUGUCUGCAUGAUCAAGAAAGUUCUGAGUCUCCUGGAUUCGAUCAACGCGACAGCAUUCGAUCCCCAGUACGACGGCCCAGACAUCGAGAAGUGGUUCGAACUCGGAGUGCCGGGUGCCUCGUUAUUCAACAAAAACGAUAAUUACUUCCGGUAUCACCAUACGAACGCCGACACCAUGCACAUGAUGGAUCCCUCAGCGUUGGACCGAGCGACGGCUCUCUGGGCCAGCAUGGCCUUCGUCCUGGCUGACAUGGAUGCGAGGAUUCCUCAUGAUCCGCCCCGUCAAGACACCGACGAAGCGAUUUCGACGACACGGGCUUGA